UCAAGCCAAGAAGCUAGGUCGUUAGCAGUCAGUUUAACACAAUCAGAGAGGCAGACAGAAAUUCUACGAUAACAAAAGUGCCUCUUGACGUUUCGUCAGUUUGCAUGUCUGACAGUACAUCGCCAACAUGGCCGCUGCUUCGUCUGUUUGUCGGUUUCUAGUCGUUCUGACCUGAACUAGACUCAUGCUAACGUUAGCUUGUUAGCAGUCCUGCUUGUUUACUGCCACAGCUCAACAACUAUUAACUCUACGCGGAUUUCCACUGUACGUUCAGCUGGUUUAAGGAGUACCACUGGUAAACGAGUGUUUUCCUCCAAAAUGUUCCUGGUGGGGCUGACAGGAGGUAUCGCCUCAGGGAAGAGCACCGUGUCGACGAUGCUGCGAGAGCUUGGGUGCCCCAUAAUUGAUGCUGAUGUAGUAGCCAGGAAAGUUGUGGAGCCACACACUCCUGCCUAUUCCCGCAUCGUCUACCACUUCGGGCCAGAGAUCCUUCUCGAGAACGGGGAGAUCGACCGGCAGAAGCUGGGUCAGCUCAUCUUCGCCAACGAGGAGAAAAGGAAACUUCUGAACUCCAUCACCCACCCGGAGAUCCAUAAAGCAAUGCUCAAAGAGAUCCUGUUCUACUUUCUCAGGGGGUACCGCUAUGUGGUGCUGGAUGUCCCCCUUCUCUUUGAAACCAGACGUCUCACUCAGUUUCUUAACCACACUGUAGUAGUUUACUGUGACCCUGCCACUCAGCUGCAGCGCCUGAUGCAGAGGGACGGCCUGACCCAGGAGCAGGCAGAGCAGCGCGUGGCCGCACAGAUGCCGCUCAAUGAAAAGCGUGGUUUAGCCAAUCACGUUAUCGAAAACUCAGGCAACAGAGAGGACACUCAUCGGCAAGUCCUCCGGCUGCACACGAAGCUGGAGGACUCCAUGGACUUCCUCCUAGUGAGGGUCAUAGCUAUCGCAGCCACAGCUGGUCUUGGUGGGAUACUGCUCUAUGCGGCUAAGAUCCUUCUGUCCUAACGGAGAACAGCUGAAGAAGCGGUUUGGUCCAGGAUGUGGUCAGAGAUGAGGGUGGGAAUAGAAGCAGGCGAAGGCACAUCGGGGGUUCUGAUGCAAUUUACUGUGAGAUUAGUUUCACAGCACCCACCUCGACAGCUCAGGGGUGAGACGUGCUAUGUCGGCAGUUAACACGGACUUACAUUACUGACACAACAUGCACUGACAUAUGGGGUUUGGUGUGAAGGGUUUCAUGUGCAAUUCAGCUGGUUUAACUCAGAAACCUUAAAAACAUGAAGGUGAUGCAUUGGAAGCUCAGCUGCUGUACAAGCUCCUCAAUGUGCUCUGCAUUAAUCACUGCUAUGGGCCUUAAGGGCCUGUGUCCACAGCCGCUGUCUUUUGAACUGGCAGUGCUCAAUUUAAGUACAAAACCAGUUUAGUCCGGCGUUUUCAGCACUCAGAAAAACACCCACAGCGUCACUGUUUUUUUAUGUCGCCACUCUCAUGGCUGUCUCAGUUGAAAAUAGUUCAACUUCUGAGCAGCGCUGACAUCAUCAUUGUUACUUCUCCCUAAUUGACCAAUCAAAAUGAAGAAAGGGGGACUUCUGAUGUCAGCCUUGUCAACAAACUUGCGGAAGGAAUACAGCUCUGAGGCCUGAGAUAAACUUAAUGCUUCACCUUGUGUUUGCAUAUUGGUUCGGCUACAUCACAAGCAUUUUUGUAAAUAUACUUGACUGGGCACACAAGCCAUCAGGCCAUAUACAACAACCUGAUGUGUAGGAUGUAAACUACAAGCAUGGAAACACUCAAGGGUUUAACUAUGAUGUACAUUCUGAGAAUUAACUUAUUCUUUACAUCAAUGUUGAAUCAAUGACAGACUAAUGACUGGUGGUCAGAACCCACUGUCUGCACUUUGUUUCUAAAACAUUUUCCUUUGUGUACAGACGUUAGGCAUUAUUUCACCAAAAUAUCCUCAUCAGAUACAGCCCUAUGCAGAAAUGUUAGGCACGUUUGGGCAAAAAAUUGAGGUUUAACUAAGGUGUGUAAUGGCGAGUAAAGUCUUAUUUAUGCUAGACGGAUACAGACGGACCUUUCUUUUUUUAUAAUUUGCCGUUCGGAUCUCAUGUCUUCCGAGCACUUGUUCCAUAGAGGAAUGUGGUCAUUCCAGCCCAAGCACGGUCAAGUCUUUGAGCCUUCUCUGUGGCUCUUGUCUCCUCUGCUGCCUCAAGCAUGCUUUCUAAAUGAAGUGCCAUUUCCUGCACAGCUGACUUGUUUACUGUCGUACCAACAUGUCUGCCUGCUCUGGCUCCAAGCUCGAACACGGCUGGAAUUAAUAACUGGAGCCAGUAAGGAGCUAUGCAGCCUGUGGGCUGAUCUCUGAUGCCACUCCCCUCAUAAAUUAAACCAAGUGUGGCAACCUUCCAGCUUAGAGCUUGUUUAUCAUGAUCAGAUCUCUUAAUAGAGCAUAGACUGUAAUCCUGCUGUCUUGCAGGUAGUGCAACAGGUGCUCGACAACACGCAUCCAGGGUUCGACGUGUUACAGUCGCACGGAGAGUGCUAGGCAAUGGUCCAUCGGACCACCAUCGCAUGCCUGAUGAGUCUAGCAAUGGCUUCCAUCGCCUCCGCACUUAGGUGGACGUCCUGGUCAAUUGCUGCCGACGCCCCCUCUAGCAUAUGCCCCACCUGUAUGAGUGCGUUGGCGAUAGUAUCGUUCUGGCACAAAACUGUCUUCUGGGAAGUCGCGUAGGUGAAUGUGCGUAAUGUUCUGCACCGAUGCCCUGUGAGCUGAUGAUAAGCUCUGUGAAUGUCUGUCAUAAGGUCAGUGGUGGGCCACGCGAGGGGUGUCUCACACGUUCUUUAGUAAAAACAGCUUGUUUUGGAUAAAAACUGGUGCCUGUUCUGAGGGACACCACAUGGUGUCGCUUACCUUCUUUAAGAACGUGUGGUUACCCUUCAUAUGAACUGAUUGGCUCAGCUGAAGAAUUAUAAAAAGAAACAAAUGUCCUGUAUCAUCUGCUGACCCAUCUUUUGGGAUGCAAGUAAUGGCCUCAUGGUUAGAGCUUGCGCUAAAUCUGGGUUAUUUGCAUAUCCCCAGUCUACGGAGAAAAGGUUCUUCUCAUGGUAUGAGUCGUUACAUCCCCAAACGUUCUGGCCUGAAGGGCCCACUUGUUAGCUGCAGAAUAGCAAAGGAGCUUGAUGAGUGAAGUAUCUGGGUUAAAGCCAUGGUCUCUGAAGAAAGUACGGACUAACCAGUUUUAUAAAAUCUAUAUGUGCUCACAGACUGAGUUUUCUGCCUGUACUCUGCAUUCACGUUAUCCUUCUUUUGUCCAUUCUCUCUAAGCUUACGGAUAUGGACCAAACGUAGCAAUACCGCCACCAACCCUGGGGCAGCCAACAGUUCAACAUAGAGAAGCCACCCACAAAAAGAAAAAUCAUUUGUAAAAAGGUGGAACUAAAUUGAGUUUUCAGAGCAAAUAUUGCCAUAUAUUGGGCAAGUUGUCAGCUCACCUGGGCACAUAGACAACUACAAGGGCAAAUCUGGGCAGAGGAUGGACUGUUCUUUUGGCUCAGGGUACUGUCUGGGCAGGUAGUAGGGUGUCCACAAGCCCCUGGAUGAAUCGUGGACGUCCCAAGAGACGUAAAACCACCAGCAUUAUCAGAGUGUAUCAAUAGGGAUGAAAAGACCCGGGCAAAAGAAGGGCUGUCCUUGGCUAGCCCUGGGUUGUGACUCAUAGAUCCCCUGAUGAAUCCUUAGCGCCCUACAUGCCUAAAACUUCUGCACAUUACUAUUUAUUUAACGAAAUAGACAAAACUAAUACAAACAGUCAUGAAUGCACUUAGCUGAAGGUCACCAGUUUACAUGGUCACCUUUUAAACUGAAACAUUGAUCUUAUUUCCAUCAUUUUUAUAGGUUUAAACAUCAACUUCUAAAUCUAUCUGUCCCAGCUGAUUUGACAGACAUGUUUGUCUCUGUGUAGUGAAAAUAACACCUCAGACACAUGGGGAAUUGUGGACUUAGUUUAUUAGUUUGUCUAAAAACGUUCAGCUGUUGUCUCUGCUGCAGUGUACAUCACCACACCUCCAAUUGCCUCUACCAGUCAUGUGCGUGCUGCGCAACAUUCAAAAAUGCCUGCAAUCAUGAAGUGAAACAAGUAUAUCUUAAUUUGUCUUUUCAAGGGUCUAUUUUUCAGGUCUGCAGAUGCUGCAGGAUUCACAGAGAUUGUUUUUAUGUCUUCUGGGUGAAAUUUCCUUUAAUACAUGAAACUGUUAAGUGCAUGAAGCUAUUCAAAACAACCGGAUACUACCAUGAAAAGCAACAUUAAACGCUGCUGAGAAGCUCGAUAUAUGGACACAGGCCCUAAAACAGCUGAAACUUUUUAUUUUGCUGUAGCUGUCAACUUGUAACAACCAUUCAAUGGCAGAGUAAAGACUGUAUAAAGCAAAGAGAUUUUAUUUUGAUACACCUUAUUGAGCGUAGACAAGUUAGAGAUUUGGGGCAGUGGCAUAGAUUGUAAAUAAAAACAGUAGUAAGAAGAAAAAGAAAUACAGGACUGUACAUCCUGAAUGAUUUUUGAGAUCUCUGCCCUCAUUGACUCAGCACAAAUUGUCACCUUAAUUUUACAGUAAAAAGCCAUGAUUGAGUUAAAUUGAAUGGAGUGUUCCUCAUUCAUAGACAUUUAUAGAGCUAAAAUUAUAAAUAUGAUUGUAUGUGAAUGACCUGUGUAAUGAAGAUUAAUACCAGAAUGUAUUUGACAAUCCAUUUUUAAUGGGAACAGCGUGAAUUUUCAUCAAUUAACAGACUUUAUAAUUAUCACUGUAUUUUCUUACACUUGAAGCUGUCAUCUGUAAAUACUUGAUUCUGUUUGAUUUUUUUCUUUCUUGUCACACUCACUUGUAACUAAAACAGGAGAAACUGUAACAUUAGCUGCUUAGCUGAACUAUCUAAGAUCAAACACUACUGUUUUAAAGGAACAAUGGUGGAACGGUGCAAGUUUGUUUCUUUUUAUGAUGGUUUAUUAUAUGAGUUUUGGCUUUAGUUUACUCCCCAUGGAAAGUUUAUUUUACUUCCUGAUUGAUGAUCUAAUAUCUUUGGACACCAGAAGGAAGUUUUCAUGAUCAUCUGACAAAAAUGAAAAGCUCUGUGACUUUGAUAAAAAUGUAUUUGAGCUGGAUUUUAUAGUGUGGUCGGGUUAUUGGUUCUAAAAAUAUGACAUUCAAAGCUCUUGUGAGGUGUUUUUUUAAAGACUGGAAAUGAUUUUGAUGCUUUUUAUGACAAAUAGGAUGUCCCAGCUAAAAACUUGCAUAGUUGUUGAUUGGUCAGAUUUUAUGGUCAACUGAUAGUUGAAUGUCUUUUUUUGCAUUGAUUGAUUCUUAUCUUUAUGGGCAACAUAAGAGAUAAACCAUAUAGUCAAA